CCGUCACACUCGCAACAGUUCUAUCUGCUCUGUGGUCAUCGGUUCGGUUAAGUCGACAGGCGGGUUGUUCGUAUCGUAGCAGGCGACGAAUGUCUGCACUGUUUCCGCAAAAACGUAAAUAUAUGAUUGCUGUCGAUUAGGAGAAAAGUAAUAUCUGUUCCAAAAUAUGGACAGUAGUUCCCAACUAGCCGAGGACGCUACUCGAGGGGAGCAAGAGAAACAGGUGAGAGCCUGGCUUCGCAAAAUGCUCAACAAAGACGUCAAAUUCAAAAUGGACGAAAAAACGUCCAUCGCUUUGCGCAAGCUAAUGACUCUUCAAGAAGGUGCAGAAGCGGACGCACGUGACCAAAUUAAAGUUCUGGAGGAAAGGUCCAAGUUUUUCGUCAAAAAAGCUGAAAACCUAGAAGCUGGUCUCCGAGCUGGAAACAUUGCACCAGAUCAAUUGCCCGAAGAAGCACGUGGCACCCUUAAAGAUCUGGCACAUGCAGGAACCCUUCUAGGCUGUCAUGAUUUGGACUCAGAAAGCUUUGGAAAAAAGCUUGAAAAGCUUUGCCAACAACGUAAAAAACUGCAGGACCAGCAAUCUGAGCUGCAAGACGAUGUUGCAAAUAUCGAACAGCUCACCCAUAGGAUGGAGCAACACCUGUUGGAUGCGGCCAACAAAGACAUGCAUACUACAGCAGCAGAUGAAGAAUGCAAACUUAGAAGGUGGAAAAGACACGAGAUGAAAUACAGGUCAAAAGUGACCAAGCUGAAGAAACAUCCAGUCAGCAGCAAAAAAAUGCCAGACCUAGACCACAUCAUUUCUAUCUCCAAGAAGCUCCACAGACUUGAGCUACGAAUGAAGGAAGUUGAAAACGAGCUGCCCACACUUGACCUACCACCGGAUGAGGACGCGAUCAAGAUCGCACUUGAUUCUGUGACUGACCGUUGUGAAGAGUUGGACAAGGCCUUCCUAAAGAAGUUGGAACAAAAGCGAGGUAAACAGUCAGAAGAAAAGACAACAGCGUCAUCAACAAACUAGUUCAAGAAUCUGUCUUCUACAAGACCACAACUGGAGCUUGUCUGCUGCUCAGUACACCAGAUUCAAGAAAACCACCUGUUACGUGCAGCUAGUACCAGCACUUGAAAACCUGCAGUUUGCUCUGCUGUCAACAAUUCCUAUAUUUGCUCAAAUUGUUCUUUUACUUAAUUGCACCUCAAGAGUGCUUGUAACGUGUCGUGCAUCAAAUAAACUAUUAAAGAAUCUUUC